GAAGGGGUGUGGCUCCGGGUGUCCUCGGCUCUCAUUGGCCGACGCUCUCUUCACUCAGCAGCCUCAGUUACAUGAUUGGUCGGCGGGUCUGUGGCUCAGCCCCCGCUGCUCUGUCGGUACGGAUGUCCGAUAUGUUGCUGUGCUGCUCGGACAGAGCGGGACCGAGAGUCUCCGCCACCCCGAAACAAGUGUGAAAAAGCCGCUUCACGACUCCACUGUGUCCCGCGGAGGCUGCGUCACUGCCGGCGGCGCCUCACACUCCCGUUCACCGACACUAACACCCGGAAAAAAGCCCCUGAAUAUAGCCCUUCUUUGCACCGCGGGGCCCGGCGAGGCACGGCGGGAGCAGAUGGAGACUGCACCGGCGAAGGCGAAGCCGCAGGGCCGCCUGCUGGUGUCCACCCCGCUGGACGCCAAAGACGAGCUGGAGGAGAGGUUGGAGCGCUGUGCUGGGAUCGUCCAGUCUUUGACAAAUGGGAUGUCAGAGAGAGAGGCCAACGACGCACUCACUGCUAAUGUGUGUAAAGGUCCACAGCAGCAUGAAGAGGUUUGUCUGGGUCUGUUCACACUGGUCCUCACAGAAGCGACGCAGGCUCAGAGGUGUUACAGAGACCUGACUCUGCUCAACAGAGACGGCAUGAACGUGAUCCUCGUGAAGAUCAACCAGAUCUUGAUGGAGAAGUUCCUCAAGCUGCAGGACGUCCCGAGAACACAGCUGGUGUGGCUGGUCAGAGAGCUGGUGAAGAGCGGGGUGAUCGGAGCAGAUGGUGUCGUCAUGACACUGCUGAAACAGAUCGCAGGUGGAGACAUCUCCUCUAAGAACAUGUGGUUGGCUGAGAACGUCCUGGACAUCCUGCUGGACCAGAAGGAGUGGGUGCUGAAGAGCGGGAUGCUGAUCGCCAUGUCCGUCUACACCUACCUGCGCCUGAUUGUGGACCAUGGAACUCCAAACCUGCUGCCUCUGCGUCAGAAGGAGGUGGACUUCUGCAUCAGCAUGCUGAGAGAGAAGUUCAUAGAGUGUGUGAUCAUCGGUCGAGAUCUGGUUCGUCUGCUGCAGAACGUCGCUCGCAUCCCAGAGAUGGAGCUGCUGUGGAGAGACCUGCUGCACAACCCACAAGUCCUGAGUCCUCAGUUCACUGGAGUCCUUCAGCUGCUCACAGCUCGAACAUCCAGAAAGUUCCUGGCCUGUCGACUCACACCGGACAUGGAGACCAAGCUGUUGUUCAUGACCUCCAGGGUGCGUUUCGGGCAGCAGAAGCGGUACCAGGACUGGUUCCAGAAACAGUACCUGUCCACAGCGGAGAGCCAGUCUCUGCGCUGCGACCUCAUCCGUUACAUCUGCGGCGUCGUCCAUCCGUCCAACGAGGUGCUGAGCUCUGACAUCCUGCCUCGCUGGGCUAUCAUUGGCUGGCUGCUCACCACCUGCACGUCAAACGUGGCGGCCUCCAACGCCAAACUGGCACUCUUCUAUGAUUGGCUGUUCUUCAAUCCAGAGAAAGACAGCAUCAUGAAUAUAGAACCAGCCAUCCUGGUGAUGCAUCACUCCAUGAAGCCUCAUCCUGCCAUCACUGCCACACUGCUGGACUUCAUGUGCAGGAUCAUCCCUCACUUCUUUCCUCCUCUGGAGUCUCAGGUCCGUCAGGGCGUCUGUAACUCGCUCACCUUCAUCAUGGAGAAGAGAGUGCUGGCUCACCUCGCUCCACUCUUUGAUAAUCCCAAAUUGGACCGAGAACUUCGAUCGAUGCUCAGAGAGAGAUUCCCUGAGUUCUGCAGCGCCCCCUCACCACCAACUGAAGUGAAAAUGGAGGAGAACGUGUCUUUAGAGAUGGACAAGGACGAGGGUUGCUAUGACAACACUGAGGCUGCCUUCAGCGACGAUGAGGAGGAAAUCAACAACAAAGGAAAGAAACGUGAGUUCAGGUUUCAUCCGAUCAAAGAGGCUGUGAUGGAGGAACCAGCUGACAUGACGCCCUGGCUCGACCAGUUAGACGAGACCAUGAAGGAGAAGGUGCUGCAGCUGCAGAAGAGCAGCGACACAGAGGCUCAGUGUGAGGUGAUGCAGGAGAUCGUGGAGCUGAUUCUCGAGGAGGACUUUGACACAGAGCAGAUGUCGGCUCUGGCUUCUUGUCUUGCUGAACUGUUCAAAGAUCAUUUCAGAGGAGACGUCCUGCCAGAGGAGAUCACUGAGGAGUCCCUGGAGGAGUCCGUGUGUAAACCCGUGUGUCUGAUCUUCAGGAACCUGGUCACCAUGCAGGAGGACAACAGCGGCCUCUCUGUUCUUCUGGAGAUGUUGGCAGAACUUUACCAGAAGCAGCCAAAGAUCGGAUAUCACCUGCUGUACUACCUCAAAGCCAGCAAAGCGGCGAACGGGAAGAUGGUUCUGUACGAGAUGUUUGCUCAGGCGACGGCGCUCGGCGACCUGCACACGUGUCUGAUGAUGGACAUGAAGGCGUGUCAGGAAGAUGACAUCAGACUGUUGUGUUACCUCACACCGUCUAUAUACUCUGAGUUUCCAGAUCAAACAUUAAGAAGUGGUGAGCUGCUCAACAUGAUCGUCGCUGUCAUCGAUUCCACGCAGUUACAGGAGCUGAUGUGUCAUGUGAUGAUGGGAAACCUGGUGAUGUUCAGGAAAGACUCGGUUCUCAACAUCCUCAUUCAGUCUCUGGACUGGGAAACCUUUGAACAGUACAGUACGUGGCAGCUCUUCCUGGCUCACAGUAUUCCUCUGGAAACCAUCAUCCCCAUCCUGCAGCACCUUAAGUACAAAGAACAUCCUGAGGCCUUGUCAUGUUUGCUGCUGCAGCUUCGGAGAGAAAAGCCCUCUGAGGAGAUGGUGAAGAUGGUCCUGAGUCGUCCCUGUCACCCCGAGGACCAUUUCACCACUAGCAUUCUGAGACACUGGGCGUCCAAAUACGAUGACACGCUGGGAGAACACAUCAAAGCUCAGCUGAUCAAGAACAACAACCAGCCACGCAAGAGACAGAGUCUCCGCAGCUCCAGCAGUAAACUGGCUCAGCUGACUCUGGAGCAGAUCCUGGAACACAUGGACAAUCUGAGACUGAGUCUGAGCAACACCAAAAACAACUUCUUCAGUCAGACUCCGAUUCUUCAGGCUCUUCAGCACGUUCAGGCGAGUUGUGAUGAAGCUCACAAGAUGAGACGCAUCACUUCCUGCAGGUUCAGCGACUUGUUCGCGUUGGCCGAAGAAUACGAAGAAUCGCAGUCCAAGCCGCCCAAGUCUCGGCGUAAAGCUCCCGCCUCCUCGCCGCGCUCCAGGAAAGGACCGGCUCCGCCCACGAACAAUGAGGAGGAGAGCGCCUCCAGCAGUGCUUCAGAGGAAGAAGACUCGAAGCCCAAAGCUCCCAAGAGGAAGAGGAAAGGAUCGUCGGCCGUCGGCUCGGACAGUGACUGAUCAACCAAUCGCACGUCAGCACGGAGACCGCGCUCUGACCACUGGAAGAAGCCCCGCCCCGGGGGGGAGUGGGCGGGACUCUGAGACGUUAAAAACCCAUUUGGUGAAACUGAUUUUCAUUUGACAAGACUUGUUUCCAUGGAGACGGGGUCAAAGGUCACUGUGUGGCUGAGGAAACAGGAGAGCCAUGAACUCUGGGAACCAAGUGACAAGAUUUUAAUACAGACUCCGCCCCCUUCACUCUUUCACUUCCCGUUUGUCCCGCUGCAGUAAAAGCUCCACAAGCUCUUCAUGUUUCUUUCAGGUUAUCAUGUUCACUCCAGAGGGGGGGGCGGGGCCGGGGGGGCGGGGCCUGAUGCUGCUCACAGGUGUCAUUUCACCUGUUUUUUUGUUUUUGUUUUUUACCAGUGAGGUUAAAAACCUUUUU